UCAGAUUCAGACGGGCGGGACGGUUCAAACAGCGCGCCUCUUCGUGAGCGAUUUCAAAGAGUUUCACAUACCCAAAUCGAACUGCUUUCCUGGCUGUCGGACGAGUUUUCGAAAAACUCGGGAAGGGAUUUGAGUUUGUGCUGAAUAGUGUGGAAUCGGAUCGGAAAAGUGCCCCGCUCAAUGCUCUAGUAACCGCCUUAGAGAGCUAGAAUUGAAAUCUUAACGACCCCGGAAUCAAAAUCGAAUUCGAAGCGCAGCGAAAGAAAGAAAUAUUCGUCUUCCUGAGGCCCGAAAACCAAAAAACCACACAACAAAAGGCGAAUGAAAAGUGCGCAAAAAGAUAUAUGUAAUACGACGAUUGCCAGGAAGACACGGAAGCAAUAAAAAGUACGGCGAAAACGCAAUCGUUACAUAUUAUAUAUUCGCUCGGUUGGAAAGUUCUUCUUUUGUGCAGAAAAUCGACGACCACACAUCAAAAAAUAAAUUACUAGAAAAAAAAAAAUAACCACAGAGAAAUAACAACAACAGCAACAGCAUCCUCAAGAAUCUCGCUCGCUCUUUUCCUCUCUCAAUCUCUUCUCUUUCUCUUGACGAAGGCGGAGAAAGAAGCAAAGCGAAACAACAAAAUAAAAUAAUCUCUUUUCGCCGCCAAACAAUAAGGAAAAUCAUUAAUUUUCAGCGAGUGGGCUUCUGCGGCAUUUAUGCCCACUAAUUGACUCACAAAAUGGAUUACAAAUUUAUUGUUUUCAACGCGGCGAGGGACAACAAUUUGGCGCAAUUGAAGGCCACCCUAUACAACAAAAGUUCCGGCGAAGUGGGCAGCCUGAUCUCGGCGAAAGUGAACGGAGCCACCCCGCUGGUCAUCUCCUGCCGCAACGGACACUACGACAUUGUAGAAUACCUAUUGACAAAGUGUCGGGCAAAUGUGGAGCAGGUGGGAUCGGUCAGUUUCGACGGGGAGCCCAUCGAGGAUGCCCCACCGCUGUGGUGCGCAGCGGCCGCCGGCCACCUGGGCAUCGUCAAGAUGCUGGUCCGCCGGGGGGCGAAUGUGAACAGCACCACCAGGACAAAUUCGACUCCGCUGAGAGCCGCCUGCUUCGACGGACACUACGAGAUCGUCAAAUAUCUCGUGCAUCACGGAGCGGACUUUGAGGUGGCGAACCGACAUGGCCACACCUGCCUGAUGAUCGCCUGCUACAAGGGCCACUUCCGCAUCGCCCAGUAUCUGCUCUCCCUGAACGCGGACGUCAACCGCUGCAGUGUGAAGGGCAACACGGCGCUCCACGACUGCGCCGAGUCGGGAUCCCUGCAGAUCCUCCAGCUGCUGCUCAAACACGGCGCCACCAUGGACGUGGACUUCUACGGGAUGACGCCGCUGCUGGCGGCCAGUGUCACCGGUCAUAUGCCCAUCGUAGAGCACCUUAUCACAUUGCCCUGCGUGAGCAGGGAGUCCAGGAUUCAUGCUCUGGAACUGCUGGGAGCCACAUAUGUGGACCGGAAGAGGGACAUGGCAGCGGCACUUACUCUGUGGCGUCGAGCGCUGGAGGAACGGGCGCUGGAGCCUCCGCUGGAGAAGAAGGUUCAGGAACCAGUGCCGGCCUACGAGAUGGUCCGUGAGGUGACCAGCGUGGAGGAGCUGGAGGAGAUGGUGUUGGAUCCCGACGAGAUGCGAAUGCAGGCUCUGGUCAUAAGGCAGCGCAUUCUGGGACCCACGCAUCCGGACACCAGCUACUACAUCCGAUUUAGGGGUGCCCACUAUGCGGACGCAGGUCGCUUUGACCGCUGCAUCGAACUCUGGUCCUAUGCCCUGACCAUGCAGCAGAAGAUCCUACAGCCCCUUAGCCCAAUGACGCAAUCCUCGCUGCUGUCCUUUGCUGAGCUCUUCAGCUUCAUGCUGGUGGAGGCGGGCCGUUUGUUGCCCAGAGGUCGAGUGGUUCCGCCGAUCGAGGCGGACGGCAUGCUGACCAUCUUCUAUAAGGCUGUUAAGGAGGUGGAGAGAGGUCAGGCCUUCACGUUGGAGCAGCAGAAGGACCACCACCAACCGCAGAAGCAGCUGCCGGCAGCUGACAAAUCGCCAUCCUGCUCGGCUUCCUCAUCCUCAUCUUCCUCCUCCUCAACGACGCUGCUUUCGGCGCAUCAGCACGAUUGCAACCACGAUCCCAAUGCCCUGAGUCGCACCAUGAUAAGUGCCAUUCACAUAGGCUGUCUGCUGAGCUCCCUGCUGGACACUGACGCCCUCAAUCCGGAGAUGCGUCGCCAGGUGAUGGGUGCCCUGUACCGCCUGAAUCGCUUGAAGGUGCGCGUCCGGUUCGACCGGACAGCCCUGCACUACGCCUGCUAUCGGGAGGGCACGCUGGCCGGUCGCUAUCCCUCCUGCCAGUUCCCCUCGGUGACGCUGGCGAAAGCCCUGCUGGAGGUGGGAGCGGAUCCGAAUGCCAUCGACGAGGCGGGCAACACACCUCUCCACCUGGCCACCAUGCAGCCCUAUGUGGAGCCACUGUCGCACAUCCUGCUAGAGGGCGGAGCGCAUUUGGACACCAAAAACUAUGCUGGCGAGACGUUUGAGAGCCUGCUGGCCCCCACGCCCAUGCAUAAGAUCAUCGACCCGAUGAAGUACACAACGCUGGCGUGCUUGGCCGCAAGGACGAUCAAGAAGCAUGACAUCCGCUACGAGGGAACCGUGCCAGCCACCCUGUACGAGUUCAUCGAGCUGCACUAGAGACGAGGACUGGACGAGAGUCAAGCACUCAAUUCACUCAAUCACUCACUCGAGCAAUCGAUCAACCGCCUGCCCGCCCGCCAUCCACAAAAGCAUCCAUUAAAUACUACUACUACUAUGACUACCGUCUAUUUAAUGUAUAUUUAGAGAUGGAGAGAGAGUUCGAAACUAUGCUGAAUGAAGGAAAUGUGAAAGUGAAAAUGGACGAGAUCGUUACUAACGACUGGAAACUGGAAACUGAUUUGUGAUGUUAGCAAGCGAAGUGCCUGAAUCGACGGAUCAGGACGAUAACUACAACUGACAACGAUAACAAAACAGAAGCCAAUAGAAAAGAAAUCAGGCAGACAACCGAAGCAACGCAAUGAAAAGUUCUAGAAGAGAUGAUUUGCUGUCUUUGAAUUUUGCUUGCGAAAUGUGUUGAAACUUUCUUUUUUUAUUAUGUGUUCUUGCUACUCUAUUUUGUAUGACUUAUGAUUAAAAUAAUAUUGUAUGUACUUUUACUAUAAAUAUGACCAAAAGCCUGGGCAUGAUUGAGCAGCUUAAUUUUAAUUAUCUGGCAUAUAGCCGGUGACUCCUCAACGCUGCUUCAAUCAGGUCCAAGCCACGGAAAAUCCAAAAACCACAAUACCUAUAAAAAAACAAAAAAAAAAAACACCGGCCACCACCCACAACUCACGUCUUAGUGAUGCGUUUGUUUAUAAACGAGAAAACGAAGUUUUGGAAAUAUACAAACUGUAAUUAACAACAAUAAUCAACUAUUGGUUUAAACCUGGAAUUAAACAUACUAAACCCAAAGCAAAAUAGCACUAACCUAAAGAACCCAAAUGCAAAACCUUAAUAUACGAUAUCUAUAUGUGUAUAUAUUAGCGUAUUCUGAUCCCAGGAAUGGGGCUUUUGGAAUAUGUGCAUAGUUUGCUUAUCGGAGGAUUUUUAACUGCAGAAGGAGCAUGGAAAUGCAUGACAAAAUACACUGGUGGCUAGAAAAAUAUAUUGUUAAAAAUUGGAUAAUAAUGUUUUUGAUUUUACUUCAAUUCAAGGAAAUUGAGAUUGACAUAUUUAGCAAAUUCAUUAUGUUUGUUAUACAAAUUAUCAUAGAAAUCUAGUUUAUAAUGCAAUUAAAACUCGCCUAUUUUAGCUCUAGAACGGCUGAAUAUUCAUAUUUCAAGGGGGUACCAACAUAUUUCUGAGAUGGCUGUUAACCUAAUGCAGAAAAUCAAAGCCACUACAUUUUUCUAGCCACCAAUGUGUAAUGCAAUGCAGUUCGAUGUGCAUACAUAAGGCAAAUGCAAACCUAUGAUUAUUGUGUCUAUGCUAAGCUAUGCAAAUGCGAAAUCGCAACCCUAGCCAUAUAAGUCUUUCGAAUUGAUAAAGUCGAACUUGGCUCCAUAAAAACUACGAUUGUCCAUGGAGAGCAGGCUUUAAUCUGGAAAUGUGUAUGGCUAAUUACACUGUGCAACAAAUUGCUGACAAUUUUUUUUAAUGAGUAGGAUAAAGUUGUGUUUGUUAUUUAGAACCUCCCUUUAGAGCAACCAUUUCCUUAGAAAAUUAAAAUAGGUUAACUGAACUGAAAAUAUAUUCGGCAUUUUUUAUAUCCAGCAAAAAAUGGAUAGCUAAUUUCGGAAACACGUAAUUUACUUUCUUAAUCUGAAAAAUCGUUAACUAAUUGAAAGCUUUUUGUUGCACAGUGUCUAAGGUUUUUGCUGAAGAAUGUGUUUUAGUUUGCGUGUCUUUGAAUUGUCUGUAUGUAUGUAUGUAAAACCUUAACUUAAAGAAUAUUUUCGAGACAGAAAUAAAACUGAUAACUAUUUUAAAUAAAGAGUAUAAAAGCA